UAUCCGCCGGGCCACGCCGCUUCCCAAACUAAAGGGAGCGCUCAGUAAAUACUAUCGAACGGAAGGUCGCAAGUGGGGUCCGCCCCCGCCUCUCCCCUCCGCCGCAGGAGGCGUCAUGCCCACCGCCAAGCAGCUGGCCGACUUCGGGUACAAGGCCUUCUCGGGCUCCAUGAUGGUGCUGACGGUGUACGGCGCCUUCCUGUGCAGCGCCCGCGCUUACCGCUUCUUCCAGCGCCGCGGCGCCCUCCGCCAGGCGGCCCAACAGCAGGCCGACCCGCCCGCCCUGCGGGACUGACCUCCUCGGACCCCCCCGUCUGCCCGCCGCCCCCGGCCCGAGGCGGGGGAGCGACCGGAGGGGGAGGCGGGGGCACGAAACGGGUCCGGUCGGGCUCAUCGCCCGCCACGUUCGCCCCACCCACGCCCCGGAACGGGCACCGAGCAGAGAGGGAGCAUCCUCUCUCCCCCGAGCUUCGUCCCGGGGGCGGGGGGCGGGGAUAAUAACUGUUAUAUUUAAGUAUUUAAUAAUAAUAAUG